AUGCGAGCGGUACUCCCGGGGAGACCCCCAGCUAAGCUCCAGUCGUUCAGCGCGGCGCUGUGGGAUGGUCUCCGAAUCGUCGCCUACAUCUCCGGACAUGCCCUCGUCAUCCUCGGCGGCCCCCAGAAGCUCCUCCAGACCAUCUACGUCGACGAUACCGAAGCGCUCGAAGCGGUGACAAUCGAUGAAGCAACGGGCAGGAUUGCGGUGUGCGGGGGUCCAGACACGUUCGUGUACCAGCCGUACGGGAUCAAGGAUGAGACGCUCAAGUGGUCCCUGGCGUAUACGUUUCGCGCAGACGACGAUGACGAACCGAUCCGGACCUUGUCAUGGGGAUCGUCCGAUGAGCUGCUGCUGGGCAAUUCGCAUCUGACUCUCUGGUUCCUGAACGGCGCCCCGCGGCUGAUGUGGAAGCGGAAACUGGCCAACCCGGUCAAGUUUGCGCAGUUCUCCCCGGAUUCGACGCUGGUGGCGACCACGGGCCAGUACGACCGGAUCAUAAAGGUGUGGAGGCGGACUGUGUUCGGCGCGGAUGAUGUCCGGUUCGAAGUCUCGUAUCUUGCCCAUCCGAGCGUGGUGACGGGCCUGCACUGGCGGAAACCUCUCCAUUGCGGUCAGUCGGUGGAGAACGCACUCUACACGUUGUGUGCGGAUAACAAGCUGAGGGUUUGGGCCGCGGCUGAUCAUCACUCGCUUUCUGCAUUGCGGCUAUGGACGGAGAUUGACCUGGAUGCGUCUAUUCAACCGAGGCAGGAAGAUGCCGUCUCACGUCGAGAUUCGCGCCGGUACGCCUUCAUGUUGGACAGCCGUGAGUUCUGUGCCGCGACGGAACGCGCGGUUCAGAGGAGCGUGGGCAACAGGGAUAACCACGCGCUGGAACACAUCAUCGAGGUCGCCAACAGAACGCCCGAGAUCUGCAUCGUCAUCGACGGCCACGGCUACAUGUCCGCCUGGGCGCUGGAAGACAUCGGUCCCAAGGCCAAGAGCGAUCUGAGCGUCUCAAACCUGCUGCACGUCGAAGGGUUCAACUUUUCCUUCAUGCGCGGCCUAUCGCCCGAGGAAGACUAUGCCCAAGCGUGCAUCUUUCAACGGACACCCAUGGACGACUCGCUGAGUCUUCUGGUGCACCACUUGGACGGUCGGAUCGAGUGGUUUGAUUCGCCAGUCGACGUUUUGUUCGAUCCCACGCCGCGCAAGAACCGGCUCACCCUGCGCAGCUCCUGGUCGGGCCACAAUGGCCCGAUCAAGAAGAUCGUCCGCAACGCCGUCGGCGACACGCUCAUCUCACGGACCGACGACAACAAGGCGAUGAUCUGGAAGCAAAAGCACGGCAUCGGAGGAGCCUCCUCGCUAAUCCGCAAGAGCUCCAUAUACUCCGAGGAACACAUCCACAGGACUUGUGUCGUCGAAAACGGCAAUUAUGUCGUCAAUCUCCAUCACAACGGCAUCUCGCUGUGGGACACCCACUCCUUCCACGCCGAAAAGUUGGUCUUCUCGCCCUUUGAGCUCUCCUCCAAGCCCCUGUGUGUCUUGCACAUCCCGGGUCCCGAUGUGCGAGAGCAGACCAUAUACAUCGCCGCAAUUGGGGCGGACAUGUGUGGUAUUGCCUGGGAAAUAGUCUUACCUCCAAAAACAGGCGGGAAAUGCCAACUGCGCAAGUUUUGCGACUUUGACCUGGGCGUAGAGGAAGACGUCGACUACAUUCUGCCUGUUGACCCGGCAGGACCGAAAGCGAAGAUCUCGGGUUUCUUUGAUGUGUUUGCUGCCGACAUUGCACUCUCAUAUACCCAAAGUGGUGUUGUUCGGACGUGGACUGCCAAAGUCAACCAGGAGGACAUGAAACUCGAUUGGCUACAGACCUCGAUCGUGGAGACCGGUAUCGCGAAUCCUUCCCUAGCCAGCGGUAGCUCCAUCCGCAAGGCUGCUCUUGUAGAUGAGGACCGGACGCAUCUGACGAUCUGGGACAUGAGCGGCGCGCAGCUGGAAUUCGAAGAACAUUUUGCCCAGCAUGAUAUCAUCCGUGAUCUGGACUGGACAUCCACGCCAGAUAACCAAUCCAUUCUCGCCGUCGGGUUCCCGAAUAAAGUGAUCUUGCUGUCCCAGCUUCGCUACGAUUACCUGGACUCUCGUCCUUCCUGGACCCAGAUCCAGGAGAUUCGCAUCCGCGAUCUGACACCACACCCGAUUGGUGAUUCCUGCUGGUUGAACAAUGGCCAUCUGGUUAUCGGAGCUGGCAAUCAGCUGUUCAUUCAUGACAAGGAUGUCGAGGUUGAGAACCGUCUUGUUUCUGACCUUCGCAUCCCAACGCGAGGUCUCCCAACGGUGGACCUGUUCGAGGUUGUCAGUCGAUUGAAUGGCCCAUUGCCGGUCUUCCACCCGCAGUUCCUUGCUCAGUGUAUCCUGACCGGGAAGACGAAUCUGGUCCAUGCGAUCCUGCUGAGUCUCCACAAAACGUUGAAAUUCUACACGGAAGGAGAUCCCAUAGAUGGCUUUUUGGGAAUCCCACUUGAGAACUUUUAUGAAGAACACGAUACGCCGCAAAAGGCAGCAUCCAAGGCCUUGCAUUCUUCAUUUGCUGAUUUCACCGUUGACGAGGAGUCGUACUUUCUUGAUGAGCCUACAGCCAUGGCUCUGAAUGAAAACCUGGCGCGCAUUGCCUUGCCCCAGCUGACGAGCCAGGAACAGUUCCGUCUGGUCGACACGAUCGAAUGCGUUGCCACGGUGGAGAAGCAUCGACGCUCCAUGGACGACAACGCCGCACGCUAUCUGCUCUUCUUCCGGCAGCACAUGCUUCGACGAAGCCAGGGAAUGGCGAACAAGGACUCGGUCUCCUGGCGUGAAAUCGUCUGGGCCUACCAUAGUGGCAGUCAGGAUAUCUUAGCUGACCUGGUAUCCCGACAAUUCAACGGGAAAAUGCUCUGGAAGUCCGCGAGGGAGAGCGGUUUAUUCAUGUGGAUGUCUGAUCUUACAGCAUUGAGAUCACAGCUAGAGGCCGUCGCUCGAAAUGAGUAUACCAAGACCGAAGAAAAGAAUCCAAUCGACUGCACGCUCUUCUACCUGGCUCUGAAGAAAAAGAAUAUCUUGCAGGGCCUGUGGCGGAUGGCGAGCUGGCAUCGCGAACAGGCUGCUACACUUCGCUUACUUUCGAAUGACUUCCGGGAAGCCCGAUGGAAGACCUCCGCGCUGAAGAACGCGUAUGCGCUGCUCGGAAAACAAUAUGCUGCGGCGUUUUUCCUCCUGGCAGAUCACCUCCGCGAUGCCGCCAAUGUCUGCAUGAACCAGCUGGGCGACAUACAACUUGCCAUUGCCAUUACUCGGGCGUACGAAGGAGACGACGGCCCCGUGCUAAAAGAGAUCCUGGAGGAACGGGUCUUGACUGCUGCCGCCACGGACGGGAACAGAUGGCUUGCCUCCUGGGCAUUCUGGAUGCUCAAGCGGCGCGACAUGGCAGUGCGCUCAUUAAUCUCGCCCGUGGAGACUCUUCUCCCUCCCACACCCGCCUCGCCCGGCACCCCCGGGAUGAUCCGGCUGCAGGCGAAAUCGUACCUGUCCAACGACCCGGCCCUGGUAGUCCUGUAUAAGCAACUGCGCGACAAGACGCUCCAGACACUCAAGGGGGCCUCGCAGGUCCCCGCCCUAGCCGAAUGGACCUUCAUCCUCCGCAACGCCCGCCUCUACGACCGCAUGGGCUGCGACCUGUUGGCCCUCGAUCUCGUCCGUCACUGGGAAUUCCUACAGCCGCCGCCGCCGCCACCCUCACGGCCCAAGACGGUCCCCAUCCCGUUCGACCUGCGCGAGAACGGCGUCGACUACCGCAAACUCCUCCGCCGGCGCAGCAGCCUCGUCGUCGCUGAUAUUCCCUUCAAACUGGCCGUUCCCUCUUCCGAAGCAUCGAGCCCGACGAGUCCGAAACUGCCGCAGAAGAAACCGCCGCAGCCGCCGCCGACGGUCUUCAACGAGCCGGACGCCAAUUCCCUGCUCGACAGUUUUGGUUUCUGA